GAGCACCACUUUUCAAUCGUAUACCUAGUUUGGUCGCUACGUGGAUCCUUUUUUGAGCGAUUUGUCCUUUGAUUUCUUAAACUUGACAGUGGACUCCUGUUGUUUCCGCUUAGAGUGGGAAUUUUUGAAGUAUGGGUGACUGCUUAUUGGGUUUUUAGGGUUUCGAAUUGUCAAGUAGAAGACUUAUGUAACUGCCCCCGUCACUCCAUUUUCGACAUUUAGUUGGUUUCUGUGCUGGAGAGGAAGAGCAUCUGCGCUUAGCAACAUCAUCACUACCAGCACAGGAACGGGCUCUUCUUUUUUGAGGAACUGUUAUGGUAGCUGCAAUGCCGGACUAUCAAGCUGCAGUGGAUGAUUUUGUCACGAAAUUGAGACGCAGGCAGGUGGAGGGCUCUUUCAACACUGCGAAGCAUACCGCUGAGCUUCUUCGUCAAGUUGUCUCACACCAACGUUUGCCACAUGUUGGUCAAGCAGCUGUUCUCAUUGAUGUUGUGAAAACUGUAGGUCUUCGUAUGAUUGCAGCGAAUCCUAUUGAGUUAGCUGUUGGAAAUAUUGUGAGAAGAGUUCUUCACAUCAUCAGGGAAGAAGAUGUGUCCUUGACAUCUUCCGCACUUCCAGGAGUGAGCGUUGAGAGCGAUGAUGACGACAGUGACUCUAAAUCCAGUUAUUCGGCUGCAGCUGUUGCUGCUGCUAACCGAAGUGCCUUGCGCGCUCCCUCAUUGCACAAUCUGCUGGAGUCGAUACCUGAUCCAGUCAAAGCUCCUGUAGCUCCAGCAGUGUCUGUAGCGGAUUCGGAUUCUAAAAGAUCUGGAGACAGGAACUCUGUAAGCUGGAAGCUUAAGCACAAUGUAAUUGAAGGCAUCACCGAGCUACUUCAAGAUAUAGAUGAUUACCACACGCAGGUUGCUGAGCAAGCAAUUGAACAUAUCCAUCAGAAUGAGGUGAUCUUGACGCUUGGGCGGUCACGAUCGCUACUUAAAUUUCUUCUGGAGGCGAAGAAGAAGAGAUCUUUUCAAGUGGUGAUCGCCGAGGGUGCUCCGAGGUACCAGGGACACACACUUGCAAAAGAGCUUGCAGAGAAAGGGCUACAAACCACCGUAAUCACAGAUUCAGCCGUAUUCGCCAUGAUAUCACGUGUGAACAUGGUCAUAGUGGGAGCACAUGCUGUAAUGGCGAAUGGAGGAGUGCUGGCUCCAGUUGGCAUGCAUAUGAUUGCUCUAGCAGCUCGCAGGCACGCAGCUCCUUUUGUUGUUCUUGCGGGUGUUCACAAGCUAUGUCCCCAAUAUCCUCACAAUCCAUACACACUGCUUAACGACAUGAAAUCUCCGGCUGAGGUUGUGGAAUUUGGGGAGUUACCUGAAUGUCUUGAUGUGGAAAGUGGUGAUCAUACCACCUAUGUCGUGAACCCUACUUUUGACUACAUUCCGCCGGAGCUUGUGAGUCUUUUCAUUACGGAUGCAGGUGGUCAUAAUCCAUCGUAUGUCUACAGGCUUAUUACAGAAUACUACAGUCCAGAGGACUAUGUUCUGCAAUGAUACAAGUCUUUUCUUCUCCUAACUUGUUCAAUUUCGCUUCAGUAUUUUUCUAUCAGAAUUUUAGUUCGGUAUGUGUAUAUAAUAUGUACACAUACAGAGUUAGUAUUUCUGAAAUUUAAGGCCAGCUGUUAUAUUGAGGGUGCACAUCCUGUUAAGCAUUAUUGGGUCCUCCAGGACUAUCCUUCAUUUUAGUUUUUGGAUGAGAAUGACCUGCUUGUAUCGAAAGUCUAUUUUUUUUAGGAAUUUGAAAUCAGUCACUAUUGUUGCUCUA